GGAAGGUAGCACCGUCUCUGUCGCGCGCAAGCCGGCACCGGUUCAGCGAACGAACCGUCGUAGCGCGUGCCAACUGAUCCGAGGUUCUCUGGUGCGCAGUUCGAGGAGGUUCGUAGGGCUCUUUCCUUGAGUAAGGUACAAAAUCAGAGCGCGAGACCAUCCUCGGCAUCACAGCGGCUAUGGCGGAGCAAUACCAGAAUAACCAGGGCGAAGGUGCGGCGCAGCAAGCCCAAGCACAGCAACCGACCGCCGGGAUACCCGGUAAGGACGACGAGCGCAAACUCUUCGUCGGCGGUCUCUCUCGCAACACCACCGACAAGGAGCUUCGCGAUCACUUCGGCAAGUUCGGCGAGAUCGAGAGCAUUUCGGUUAAGAUCGACCCUUACACCGGAGUUUCGAGGGGCUUCGCCUUCAUGGUCUUCACCAACCCCAAGACCAUCGACAAGCUGCUCGCGUCGGGGGAGCAUUACAUCAACAAACGCAAGGUGGACCCCAAAAGAGUCAGUAAGAAGGCACAGCAUGGGAAGAUAUUCGUAGGUGGUCUAACACCUGAAAUAACGGACGAUGACAUCAAAUCAUACUUUGGACAGUAUGGUACCAUUGUCGAAGUGCAGGCACCAUUCGACAAAAUGAAAAAUCAACGCAAGGGAUUCUGCUUUGUUACGUUUGACUCAAGAGACGUUGUGUACAAGCUGCUGAAAACACCUAAACAAACCAUUAACGGCAAGGAGGUAGACGUGAAGAAGGUGAAGGUAAACUUGGAGUCAAAUCGCCAAGGAUUCUGGGGAGGUGGAUACGGAUAUGGUGGCUAUGGUGGUGGGUAUGGCUUUAUACCCGAAUAUGGUAAUGGCUAUCAUGGAGGAUACGAUGACUCGUAUGCCAAUUACGACUACUCGGGAUAUGAAGGAUACGACAACAUGGGCUAUGGGAUGCAGGGUAAGCCGAGAGGUCCAGGACCACGUCAACUCCAGAGACAUCAACCAUACUAAGUUACAGGAUGCGUGAAUCCUGCGGACACUCGAAAUUUGGUGAUAAAGCGAGAAUAUAGUAGGGAGUAGACUGGGUUGACGGUACGACUCGAGACUGACUUUGAGGAGCCGAAAAAAGUGUUGUUUACGAAUGUACCAUUGAGUACAUAUCUACUCCUCUCUCCCUAAUCAUCGGAAUUUUAAGCGCGUGGGUAAACAAAGAUCGUAUGCCUCGCGCAGACAUUGUCCUAUGAGUUGUGUACAGAACGUAAUAAAUUUGUCGAUUUCUAACAGAUAUCAAAUUUAGGAAGACGAUGCAUGUCGCAUUUCUUGAAGAAACAACAAUAUUGGUUGCCACGUGUUUCAUAUGUUGCCUUUUAUUAUACAAAAUAGUAUCAAUUGAGUUCAUAAAAUACAAUUCUUAUUUGUCAUCUUGCUGGGUCCAGAUUCGGAUAGAUAAAUGAAACGUGUAAAAAAAUAUGAUUGUGGGUACGAACAGUCAUUACAGGUUCAACCGAUUGGGGAACACUUUGUGCCUAAUCUGUACGCAAUUGAUGUACAAUGAAAAUGAAUAAUAAUCCAGUGUCGUCUUUUGUUUUUCGUAAUUGUAAUGGCAAGUUAUGCAUCUAAUAAUUUAAUGCUCAAAGAGCUUUUUUAGGAUAUUAAGUUGCAUUAGUAUUCUCCAUUAUAUUUUCUUUUUCUGUGCCUUCAUUAUUCAAAUGUUUACGUACAGUUGGCAUUGAGUUUUCCAGCACAUAUACAUAUAUACAUAUAUAUUUUACUUGAAUUUAAUCAUCUUAUCUGUGCGAAUUGCAGGAGGAAUUGUAGAAAAUCAAAUUAAUUUCACCGAGCACCAGUGGUCUCGCCAAUUGCUAAGCAUGUUUCUUCCAUAUAAAAGUCAUAACCAAAACGCAUUAUUUACUCUCGUGUAAUUGUUAAUCUAACAUUAAGAUUUCUAACUUAUAAGAAUUAUUGAAAUAUACACUAUGCACACGUAUGAGUAGACACGCGUGUAAUAUGCAAGCGUGCGUGCAUCUGUAUGUAUGUACACGUGUGUGCAAUCACAUAGUGAUUAGAUAUAGAAAAGGAAGAGAGAUAUUUAAACAGAAAAUAUAAUUAAAAUAUGAACGUACCUGGGUAUAUAAGAAAUACGCGAGUGGUGGUAAACUGUAGCGAAGGAAAUCCGACUUGUCGACGUGAGUGGAGACCUUCCUUACCAUGCCAUUCUGCUAUUUGAAUCGUACGAUCCCCUGAUUCGCAUUCAGAAAUUGAAUACGUAAUGUAUCGAGUCGAGGUACUACUUUGUGUGCAAAAUCAGGAUUACCAGAUGGUAAAAAUUUAUCACCGUCCUUGCAUGUCCUUCUGGGCGUAUGAAAAGAUAGAAUGAGAAGGAUUAGGAAGAUCUUAACUACCUCGAUAAUCCAAUCGCCUUCGUACUGCGUAGCAGAUUUUGUUCAACAUGCAAAGACUGCUCUUCAUAUCGCCAGAGACUGUAAACUCACAUAGCGCACCAAUUGGCACGACAUAACCUUGUAAUACAUCCAGCGAGUAAAGGAAUAUGUAAUCGUAUCAACAAAAUGAAUUUAGAAAUUAAAUAAGUUGUCAUAGGAAUCAUUGAAUUACUGAAAAUCACGUUUAGGUCAAAGGAAAUUAUAACGUUCGUAAGGCUGACGAAGCUUUAACGUUUCAGAUGAUCGUUCUCAAAUGUUGCAAAAGUGCCUCAGAUUGGCUUACUUUUAAGAUCUAUUACUUCACGAGCGAACGAGUUUUGCUUCAGAAGGAUAUUAAGCCGAGCUGAUUGUACUUUUGAAAUUAUGUUUGUAUACCAUGUAUACAAUUUUUGCUGAAAUCAAAACACCUAAUGGGAGAAAGUCGUGAAGAAAACGAAACAACGUAUGGAAUUAUAGAAAACGAUAUGAAUAUUUUGUUACGAUUAAUUACUAUUCGCAUGUUUCACCCAUGACACAGUAUAUAUUUUAAUUAUAACAAAAAAUAAAGUGCCAAUUAUUUGAAACGACAUAAUUGCUCGCCCUCACGGUUAAAGCGUCACCUCCCCUUUCAAAUGAAAAAUUAAGCGCUAAGUAAUUAAAAAGCUUUGCAGGAAUCAUGAAUUCAGUUUUCAAAGUUGUACAGGAUUUCCCAUCUGCGUUUUUCUUAUAGGUCUAAGAACGUUUAAUCGCAUCUCGAAUUCAAGGAAAUCGUACAUGUUUAUGUAUUGAAUAUCGACAAUAUAAGAAUAUUUUAAGUAAAAUUUA